AUGAAACAAUCAUCAAGUUACAGCAUUCAAAUAUUAUUUCAAUUUUUCCAAUCUAUCGUGUUAUUCAAUUUAUCAAUGAUCAAUAUUCAGUGUACAAGCCCACAAAGUCCAGCAAAAAUUAUCCAUCCGCCACUUGAUACAAAAGCAAUCGCUGGAGAAUCAGUUUUAUUCUUUUGUCAAGCUGAAGGUAAUCCUGUUCCUAGAGUUGUAUUUCGUUGGAAUGAUGAUGAAAUCACUCAAAACCGACCAGGUUUGCAAUUUAAAGAGUUAUCAGCAGAUGCUGUUGCUCUUCGUGCAAAACUAGAACCGAAUCACCACGGUGACACUGUAACGUGUUUCGCACAAAACCAUAUUGGAUCCGAUUCAGCUACAGCACAAAUUUCUGUUUACAAUGCCAAUGAAACUCCACCAAGAGGAUUUCCGAAAGUUCAUCAAGAUCCUUCAGCGACUAUUAGUCAAGUUGGCGAUUCAACGCAUUUACAGUGUGAAGUAUCAGCUGAACCUCCAGCAACAGUCUUUUGGAUAAAAGAUCAAUUUGAAUUGAUUGAUACAAAUCUACCAAGAUUUCGAACUGUUGGAUCUGGAUCCUUAGUAAUAGAAACCUUACUUGAAACUGACUCCGGAGCAUAUGAAUGUAUGGCACGGAAUGAAAUAGGUACAGUAUUAAGCAAUUCAGGCCAUUUACACGUACGACGCAUUCAAUUCCCACCGACAAUUAAUGAAAUGCCUGAAAAAAUUGAAGUAUCUUCUGGCAAAGGAACAAAUUUGACUUGUCGAGCUGGAGGAUUUCCCAUACCUAUGGUUUGGUGGUCAACAUUAGGCACACCAGCUGGACCAAGACAUUCUGGGCCGAUUAUGCUAGCUGAACGAGCUUUAACAGAGCCGCAACCGCAUGAAGCAACAUUACGUUUAACAGAUAUCACUGAAUCGUCCGGUUACAACUGUAUUGCAAAAAAUGGUCUUGGUCUAGUAAGAAGAAAUGUUAGCGUGAUUGUAAGACAACUUCCUGCUCCACCGUCUAGUUUAGAUGCACGACCUAUCGGCAGUACUUAUGCUGUAUUACGGUGGUCACCAAGUAUUUCAUCUGGUGUUGAUUCAUACACUAUCAGUUUGCAAACUGAUGAUGGUGAUUUAGGUGAACUUGGCAGACGUCAGAUAACAAAUAUCGAUCCGUCUGAAAUAAAAUCAGAACAUACAUUUCAUGCAUUAGAAACAAAAUAUUCUAAAGAAAAUCUUAUGAUUACAUAUAAUCUCACUGAUCUUAGUCCGUUCACUUUAUAUUCAGCUCAAGUUCAUGCAGUUAGUCAAGUGGCUGGUAUGUCAUUACCAAGUGAUGCAGUAAAAUUUCGAACAGCAGAACUUGCACCCGGAACUCCUCCUCAAGUAUUACAUGCGACUGUUGAUUCGCCGAAUUCUGUAGUGGUAAGCUGGAAACCACCAAUUGAAUCCAAUGGUCGUAUCACUGGUUAUAAAUUGUUUUAUACAACUCGACCAGAAGAUUCGUUGAAUUCAUGGUUAGUUGCUAGAACAAUACAAGAGAAAUAUCAAUUGACCAAUUUAAUUCCAAAUGCAACUUAUUAUCUCAAAGUAAAUGCAUUCAAUGCGGCAGGAGAUGGUCCAGUUAGUGAACAAUUACCAAUUGUUAUUACACCUGGAGUUCCAACAGCACCAACAAAUUUUCGAGGUGUCUCAUUGAAACCCACAACUAUUCACUUAACAUGGACACCACCUGAUAUGCCAAAUGAUAGGAAACUACUUGGUUACAAAUUGAAAUUUCGACCUGCUACCAUGAUCAGCUCCAAUGUAGACCAAAUAAAUCAAAUCAAAUCUUCAUCAUCGGCACCAAACGAAGCUGAAAUCGCUAAACAAAAACAAAACUCAAUCAUCACCGAGACACGUGAUAUUGACGCGGCAGACACACAGUAUUUGUUAACAAAUCUAGAACCAAGUACACGAUAUUAUUUAAGUUUAGCUGGUAAAUCAAUGCACGGUUAUGGAGUGGCGGCUCAAAUUGAAGUUCAAACAAAUGAUUAUCCAUUUGAUCUACCUUCACCAAAAAAUGUACAUUUACGUAUGUUGACAAAUGUUAGCGCAAAAAUUUGCUGGGAUCAACCAAAUUUGCCAGAGUUAAUUUUUUCUACAAUUUCGUAUGAGAUUUUAUUUGGUUUAUCCGACGAGUCGAUUAGUCCAUUAAAUGCAACUGGGAUAAUACCAUUGCCUCAAUCAAUAUGCUGUUGUUUCACUAUGCUGCAUUUACGCCCCGGUACUGAUUAUCGUAUAUGGUUACGUUUAGUCAGUCAUAAAACUUUGCCAACAACAAUUUCUGCUAAUAGUAAUAAUAAUAAAAAUAAUGAUUUCGUGCAUAAAAAUGUAGGACCAUGGCCACCGAUCGAUUCCAAGUAUAAAAUCACUGGUCCAGUAUCUGAACCACAUGUAUUUCGUACAUUGAUAAGUGUCCCAAUGAAACCGAGAAGAUUACAUCUUGUGGAUAUACAUAAACGUACCCGUUUAGCAUCAUCAUUGUCACGGACAGAUCAAGCAAUCUUACGUGAAAUAGUAGACCUACCAUAUUUAAGUAUUGAAUUAGCAUGGGAUCCACCUGAAGGUCUACAUACGACAAAACAAAUCAAUUAUCAAGUAUUCGCCAGACUGACAGGUCCAGAAGAAUUAGUAAAAGAACUAUCAGAUACUACUUACAGUUCCAGUGAAUCUUAUGGAUCCAGUUUAAAACGUGAAGGAGCCCAUCCACUAUUACAAAGAAGAUUGUUAGCUAAUGUUACUGGAAAUACAUUUCGAUCGUCAGAAAGUGAUAAUAUUGGUUAUGGAUUGACCUACUUAUUUGAGGUUGCACUGAUGAAUACAAGCUCAACCGGUCUCACAGCUCAAUUAGAAGUGACCACACCAGAUGCACCACCUUCUAGCAGUCCACUACACGUUCGUUUAAGUGGUUUAUCAUCAAGCUCUGUUGAAGUCAGCUGGGCAUCACCUCCAGUACAAUAUCGUAAUGGGAAAAUUACCGGUUAUGAAGUGAGAUUUUUUGAAGUUGGCGCUGAAACACAAACAGAGACAAUAACGAAAGUGAUAAUACCAGGCCAGAGACAAUAUACAGCAAGAGGAUUAAAAGAAAAAACUUUUUAUACAUUUAUGGUACGAGCGUUUACUUCAGCUGGACCUGGACCUUGGUCUGGUGCAAGUAAUAUACGUACAAGUGUUGAGUUACCACCUCCACCAUUGGAUAUUCAAGCCUCACGAAUAAAUCAACAUCAAAUCAAAGUAACCUGGCGUAUACCGACACGUGAAGAUCAAAACACUGUAGGCAGUAAACAAUUGUCAAUACAAGGUUUUCGUUUACUCUAUUCCGCUAACAAUAAUCCAUAUGAAUCCGGCCAAUGGACAUCAUUCGAUGUGGGUCCAGUCAAUAUGGCUAUAAUAAGUCAUUUAGAAAGUAAAACUAGUUAUGUUAUUUGUAUCAAAUCACGUGGACCCGAUGGUCGAUAUGGUGAUUGCAGUCAGCCGGUUAUCAGUCGAUUAGCUACUGGUAAUGGGGAAAGUGAUUUCUCAGUGCGUGGUUUAUUUUGUUCUGGAGAUGAUACUAGUGUGAAAGUGACUUGGCAACAACCUGAAAGAACAGAAAAACUGGAAGGCUUUAAAUUACGUAUUGGUGGUUCCAAGAAAUUCGCUGAUGAUGCUGGUGUGAUUAAACGUUUGGAAUUCCCAGCACGUAGUGUCAGUGUAACAUAUGCUGCAUUGCAUUCUGGUUAUACGUAUACAGUUAGUGAUUUAGAACCGAAUAGUGUUUAUGAUGUACAAUUAAGUGCAUAUUAUGAUUUAACAUUGAAUAUGCAAAGUAAUUGGGAAACAACAAGUUGUUUUACUCAAAUGCAACGUCCACCAUUCGUACCAACCCCAAUACCGGUUGCUGUAUCACCAAGUCAAUUACAAGUUUUAUUACAAUUAAGCCGAGUUAGUGAACAAUACGGAAAAAUACGACAAUAUUUUCUAGUAGUUGCUCCUGUUCAUUUAGCUGACAGUUCAACGGAAAAAAUCAGUAUAGACACAACUAUUACAGCAUCCAGAGGUCUUCCAAGCUCAGAAACGCGUUAUGUUGCAGCUCGUUAUCUGCAAGAUUAUUUCGAUCCCCCACCGAGACAUUCCAGAAAUUUCACACUUGGCAGUUAUGAUGUAAAAUCAAAUCGACCACAAAGACAUGCUAAUUUGAGUCGAAUUCGACGUCAGGCUUUGGCAAGGGAUGAUGAAUUUCCAUAUGAGACAGACUCAGAAAUCAUGUUUGACAAUAAAGCCUUAGUUCUUGGACAGGAAUACAAAGCGUUCGUCAGAGCAUGCGUAUUUCAAGAAGAUCAAUCUACUUCGGAUGGUUCCGAUGCAUGUACCUCAUCUGCAUGGUCCCAUGGCUUUGGACCAGAUCGUCAACUUCCACCAUGGAGUGAAAUGAUGAAUAAACAUUUAAGAGAUGGAGAAUUAAGAAAUAAAAUUAAUUCAGAUUCAUCCGAUAAUAGGAACAGUAAUUCAUUUGGAUUUAGCUUAACGCGUGGUUUCACAGGAUCAAAUAAUGGUCUAUUUAUUAUUGCAAUAGUUGGUGCAAUUGUUAGUUUGGCACUGACUGCUGUGAUCUUCACUGCAUUCGGAUGCAUUAUGCGUCGUAAACGUCGACCUAAACUAAUAAAUCAUUUAACUCAAAAUGAUUCAACAAUAAAACAACCAUUGAUGCGAAUGAAUGAUUGUGGUCCAGCUAAUGGUAAUAGUUUCCCGUUAGUCACAAGUGGGAUAGAAGUAAUGAAUACUAAUUUGACGUCUUCUUAUGACAAACGCGUCAGUUCAGUUGUUGGUAAUGACAGCUUACAAAGUGCCACUCUGCUAGCUGCUUCUUCGCCAGGCCCGCCACAAUCCUCAUUAAUCUCGUCAAUCUCAACUACAGGUAGACCAAAUCUGAUCCCAUCAACAACAUCAAGCCCACUUACAAGUAUUACACAAUUAGAUCCAAGGCAUCACAUUAAUCGGGCUGCUUCUCCACUAAUCGAUAUGUCAUUACAUCAUGGUUAUCCCCUUGGUUUGACCAAUGUUAAUACUCCACCAACAAUUCAACAACCAAUUAAUCCUUUCAUUUCUCAUCGAGGUGGAACUUCAAGCAGUCAUACAGGAAGUCAUCCAAGUUCUUUGACUGGGAGUGGUACAGGUGCAGCAUACAAUGUCAUGGGAGUGAAUAAUAAUUAUGUCAGUGAAAAUAACGCUACUACACUGUGUGAUGGAUUAAUAAUUGCAAGAAAUGGUUUACCAGGCUCUGAAAGUGGACCAGAAUCUGCAUUUGAUAUUCAGCAUUUACCGUUUGAAAUGAAAGGUCAUUCAAUGCAUCAUCCAAUCCCAGUUAACCUUCUACCAGACCAUGUAGCUCGACUUUCAGCGGCAGAUAAUUUAUUAUUCUCACAAGAAUAUGAAUCUAUUGAAACAGAACAACAAUUUACCUGGGAAAAUUCCAAUCUUGAUAUGAAUAAACCUAAAAAUCGUUAUGCCAAUGUGAUUGCAUAUGAUCAUUCCAGAGUUGCUUUACAACCGAUUGAUUGUGUUCCUGGUUCUGAUUACAUUAAUGCAAAUUAUAUCGAUGGUUAUAGACGAAUGAAUGCUUACAUUGCUACUCAAGGUCCUACACCGGAGACAUUUUCCGAUUUUUGGCGUAUGAUCUGGGAACAAAGGGUGUCAAUCAUUGUAAUGAUGACUAGAUUAGAAGAACGUUCCCGUGUUAAAUGUGACCAGUACUGGCCAUCACGUGGACCAGAAUCAUUUGCAAGUGGCCUCUUAUUGGUUAAACCUAUUGAAACCAUUGAACUAGCUUAUUAUACCAUACGUACAUUUCAUUUAACCGCUCGUGGAAUUGAAGAUGAAUGUAGAGAAGUUAAACAUUUUCAAUUUACAGGAUGGCCAGAUCAUGGUGUUCCUGAAUAUCCCAUUCCGCUUUUAUUAUUUAUUCGACGUGUUCGAGCUACACUGGCAUCCAGUACAAGUAAUAUGUUUCAAUCGAAUCAUAAUAUAGAACAAGCACCGAUUGUUGUUCAUUGUUCUGCUGGUGUAGGAAGAACAGGUGCGUUUAUUGUAAUCGACAUAAUGCUGGAACGAUUAAAAUACGAGAAAACUGUAGAUAUUUAUGGUUGUGUUAAAGCAUUACGUAGACAACGUAAUUUUAUGGUUCAAACAGAAGAUCAAUACAUUUUCAUACAUUCAGCUCUUUUAGAAGUAAUAGAUGCUGGAAAUACUGAAGUACUAGCUAGAAAUCUAUCUGCUCAUGUUAAAAAAUUACGUAUGUUGGAUACAACCGGUGGAUCAGGCAUGGAAUUGGAAUUUAAAAAAUUGGCCCAAUUUCGAUUACCGCAUGCUAAAUACACUUCAGCACAGCUAGGUUAUAAUAAGAAUAAAAAUCGUCUAUUAAAUAUAUUACCAUAUGAAUCUACUCGUGUUCCAUUGCAACCUAUACGUGGUGUUGAAGGAUCGGAUUAUAUAAAUGCUAAUUAUGUGGAUAGUUAUCGUGAUCGAAGAGCAUACAUUGCCACUCAAGGUCCAAUGGCUAAAACAGUGGAAGAUUUUUGGCGAAUGAUAUGGGAAACCAAUUCUAACAUUGUUGUCAUGUUAACUAAUUUGAAUGAACGAGGUCGAGAAUGCUGUUAUCCUUACUGGCCAACAGAUAGAUCAUCUCGAUAUCAGUAUUACGUUGUAGAUCCUAUGGUUGAGUAUAAUAUGCCAAAUUAUACAUUGAGAGAAUUUAAAUUAACCGAUGCACGUGAUGGUCAGGCACGUACACUUCGACAAUUUCAAUUCACCGAUUGGCCUGAACAUGGUGUACCUGAGAAUUGUGAAGCAUUUAUUGAUUUCCUUGGACAAGUACAUAAAACCAAAGAACAAUUUGGACAAGAUGGUCCAAUUACUGUACAUUGCAGUGCUGGAGUUGGUAGAACAGGUGUAUUUCUAGCCCUUUCCAUUCUUCUUGAAAGAAUGAGACAUGAAGGCGUUGUAGAUAUGUUUCAAACUAUCCGAAUGCUUCGAACACAAAGACCUGGUAUGGUUCAAACUGAAGAUCAAUAUCAAUUUUGUUAUGACGCAGUGCUAGAAUAUCUUUCAUCGUUUGAUCAUUAUUCCAUAUGACACGUGAGAAAUGUCAAUAUUAAUGAUAAUCAGAUAAUCAGAUAAACAGAUAAGAAUGAGUUGUUUUGAAAAAGCAUUAAAAUUGAUUUAAAUUCUUUAUGCCAAUUUCAACUAGUCAACAUUAAUUCUUAAUCAACUAUUUACUUUCAAAUUACUUUGAAGUUGUCUGUGGUGUUGGCUUUAUGCUUUGAGUUUUUCAAUGUUCAAUUAAAUUUUUUAUUCUGUACAUUGUACUACUACUACACUCUGCUUAUCUUGUGUUUAUCAACUAUUUAUUCAAUGUCAACUCGUGCGCGAACACGUGUGUGUGUGCACGUAUUCGUGUACAUGGAUCAUUUAAAGCGUGAAACGUAGAAAACUGUCCCGGUUUUGUGGCCCGUCGGCAAAAUGUACACUGUCUUCUUUUUCUCCAAUAAACUGCAUAACUAAUUAAUCGAUGUCUAUACAUAGUAUAUCAGAUGAAUGAUAAGAAGCUGGCUUUCUUUACUGUUUAUUAGGUCCUAUGGAAAAAUGAACGAAAAAAUAUCUAUCAAUUUUGUGCUUAUCCGUUGUGUCAAACUGUUCUUCCAUAACUUGUCUACCAUCAUGUUAUUGUUUAUCUUUGAUUGUUCCCAACAGAUUUUGUCUAGUAUCUUAUAACUCUCUUCCGUGUUUUUUUUUUAUUUCCCGAACUGAUAUGCUUCUUAAAUAUGAUAGAAUACUUUUUGUUUUUUUGCUUUUCUAUUUCUCGACAAAAUUUUUUCAACUUAAUUUGUUGUCCUUUGAUUACUGUGCAGUUUCAGUUGAGGGAAGAAAGGAAAAGACCAAUUCCAAUGUAGAUGCACUUGUAGAUACAUGAAACUAAGUAUAUAUAUGUGAUAAUGAUAUACAUAUAUAUCUAUGUAUGUACUGAUAAAUAUGUAUACAUUUUCUAUGUUAUAAUCGGUAAAUUGUACCGUUUCUAUGCAUAACACUAUUAAUAUUAUAUUAUUCCUAUUUUUUAUUUGAAGAGAAACUUUCACUGCGUGUUUGUAAAGAUUUCGACUAAUGAAUCUUAUAUCUAUCUAUCUAUAUAUAAUAUAUAUUUGUAUAAAUAGUAUUUGAAUGUCUCGUGUAGUUUUGUUUGUUUUUUUUAAUUAAAAUUCAAAACUAUUAUGCAUAGGGACUCUGAUACUCUCAUGUACAUACAUGCAGCAUACAUGUUUAAAUGGUCAAUUACUUGCAAUAUACCGGAUGAUGUGACUAUGAUUUUGUUGGAUAAACCUCUAUUCUACUAUUACUAUUACUAUUAUUUAACGUAAAACAGUCAUGUUAACAAUCAACUCUUUACUGGCACACUUCACUAUGUAUUUUAAACUCUACUUAGUACUGAUAAAGCAAAGUAGUUAUUAUCGAAGAGUAUACCUUUAAGGUACCAUUCGUUCCAUAGAAUGCAAGACAACUAGUAGGAAGUGCACAAACUGAAUUAUACAACAAAAACAACAACAACAACAACAAGCAGAUUUUUGCAAGAAAACUAAUUGAAAUCUUCUUAAUUUCUACUUGCCAGUAUUUCGUUUCUUUCGUUUCUUUGUACAAUUUGAAUGUGAAUGAGUAAAUAAUGCUG